AUUUAUCACUUUGUUCGAGCUACUCGUUGUGUUUGUGCUUUGAACUUUUUUAAUUCUAUUUUUCACUCUUAACAUGGAGGAGAAUGUUUAUUUUUUGCGAUGGACAUGUAUGGUUACCCCGCUGAAGGAAGAGGAAUGACUGGAAUGUGUCGCCACCACUCCUGGAUGUAAACGCCGUCCCGAGCACAAGCGCUUGAGACUCCAGUCGAGAUGGAGACGCCCGUCUUACAGACGCAGCCCUCCGCCCUGCCGUUUUUCGAUACGGCCCACGCGUUCAACCUGCUGCGAGGGAUCCACGAGCUCCGCGCCGAGAGAAAGUUUUUUGACGUGACUCUGUGCGCCGAGGGCCACGAGUUCCACUGCCACCGCACGGUCUUGGCGGCCGCCAGCACCUACUUCCGCGCCAUGUUCGCCGGGACACUGCGGGAGAGCGCCAUGGACAGGGUGGUUCUGCACGAGGUCUCAGCUGAGCUUUUGGGACUGUUGGUGGACUUCUGCUACACGGGACGGGUCACGGUCACGCAGGACAACGUGGACCUCCUGCUGAAAACCGCAGAUCUGUUUCAGUUCCCAUCGGUCAAGGAGGCCUGCUGCGCUUUCCUGGAACAACGUCUGGAUGUCUCCAACUGCUUAGAAAUCCAGGACUUUGCAGAGGCCUACGCUUGCCGAGAGCUGGCGGACAGCGCUCGCCGGUUUGUCCUGAAGAACUUAAUGGAUCUGGCCAAAGGGACCGACUUUAAACGCUUGCCUUGGAAGCGCCUGCUUGAGUUUGUGUCGGACGACGAGCUGUGCGUGGACAAAGAGGAGACGGUUUAUCAGAUCGCGGUGCGCUGGGUGAAGGCUGACCUCCAGCGGAGACUCCACUACUGGCCCGAGCUCCUCCAGCAGGUGCGGCUGCCUUUCGUCAGGAGGUUCUUCCUGUUGGCCCACGUGGAGAGCGACCCGCUGGUGUACCUGUCGCCACCCUGCCUGCGCAUGGUGAACGAAGCCCGUAGCUUCCAGUCCUGCGAGUACGACCGCCACGACAGGCCGUGUCGCCGCAUGCGCCCGCGGCCUUCCACGGGACUCGCAGAGAUCCUGGUGGUGGUGGGAGGCUGCGACCAGGAUUGCGACGAGCUGGUCACCGUCGAUUGUUUCAACCCGCAGACGGGCCAGUGGCGCUACCUGGCCGAGUUCCCGGACCACCUAGGAGGAGGCUACAGUAUAGCGGCCCUCGGGAGCGACAUGUAUGUUACUGGCGGUUCCGACGGUCCGCGCCUCUACGACGGCGUGUGGCGCUACAAGUCGAGCGUGAACGAGUGGACGGAGGUGUCGCCCAUGCUGAAGGCGCGCGAGUACCACAGCUCAUGCGUGCUGAAGGGCCAGCUGCACGUGGUGGCGUCGGACAGCACCGAGCGCUACGACCACACGCUGGACUGCUGGGAGGCCCUGCCGCCCAUGCUGCACGCCAUGGACAACUGCUCCACCGCCACCUGCGGCGGCCGCCUCUACGCCAUCGGCUGUCUGGCCGGGGAGGACACCAUGGCCGUGCAGAGCUACGACCCGGACAGCAAGCGUUGGUCCAUCGUCAAUUGUGGACAGCUGCCGCCGUGGUCCUUCACCCCCAAAACGGUGACCCUCAACGGCCUCAUCUUCUUCGUCAGGGAUGACUCUGCAGAUGUGGACGUUUAUAACCCUCAGAAGAACGAGUGGGACAAGAUCAGUCCGAUGAACCAGGUGCACGUGGGCGGCAGCGUGGCGCCGCUGGGCGGCAAGCUCUUCGUGUCGGGCGGCUACGACAACACCUUCGAGCUCUCCGACGUGGUGGAGGCGUACGACCCGGCCACGCGCGCCUGGAGCGUGGCGGGCCGCCUCCCCCAGCCCACCUUCUGGCACGGCAGCGUCAGCAUCUUCCGCCAGUUCAUGCCGAUGGUGUCCAGCGCCUUCGAGCCCGCCGACGUCCCUGACGCCAACGCCAUCCGCCUCCACCGCCACCAGCGCCAGCAGGCCCUCCACAACCUCAACAACAACCUCAACCAGAACCAGGAAGUCAACGCGGCGCUCUGAGUCCGCCGACUUUGACCUCGUCGCCGCGCCGAGGCACGGAAUUGUGAUCGGGAGGACGUCGGCCACACGUUUGAAAGCCAGCAUGCGGAAACGUCACCUCGUAAUCACGGUCCAGCCGUGUGCCUUCACUUCCUGCCACCGGAAAAUGCAAACUACCAUUUCAAGAUCACUCCGCCUGCCAAAUCUGGGUGACGCUUGCAAAAAAAGUGGCGUGCUAAAAAGCUGCCAUGGUUAUUAUUAGCAUAGUGCUGUGUGAUAAUCACGCCGCCUUGUCGUUGGCUGCCUUCCAACUGGUGCACUUUCUUCACUUUUAGUGCACUUCGUAUAGUGAGUGAGCUGUGAUGAUCUUGGCUACGUAGCGGUAAGGUGGGGUUGCAAAGUAUUCACGGCGUGUACACAGUGUAAUUAUCAAUGGAAGUACCGUAUUUUUCGGACUAUAAGUCGCAGUUUUUUU